AAUCAUUCAUUUAAACAGGGUUCUAUAAGCUACUGUAGUGUAAGUAAUGUAAGUAAAGUCCAUCUUAACUAAAAUUCAUUCAUUCACAUAAAUGGGUGCUUAUGGAAAAUUUCAGUUCGCCAUUGACAGAGGAGGAACCUUCACAGAUAUUUAUGCUAAAUGUCCAAAUGGCAAGAGUAGAGUCAUGAAACUGCUCUCCGUGGAUCCCGGUAACUAUCCUGAUGCACCGAGAGAAGGCAUUAGAAGAAUACUAGAAGAGGAACUGGGAACUCCAAUGCCUUCUUCGCAGCCAGUGGAUACAUCUCAUAUUGAUUACAUUAGAAUGGGAACAACAGUAGCAACGAAUGCGUUGUUGGAAAGAAAAGGAGAACGCAUGGCCCUUGUGAUAACUCAGGGGUUUCGUGAUUUGCUUCAUAUAGGAAAUCAAUCAAGACCAAAGAUAUUUGACUUGCAAAUAAAAGUUCCAAAUGUUCUAUAUGAGGAUAUAGUGGAAGUGGAGGAAAGAAUCAUCUUGCAUCAGGAUAAAUGUUGUUUGGAUAUUUCAUCAGAUGUGGUUAUUGGCAGCACUAAGGAAAGGCUUUACAAGUGGAAGAAAUUAAACGAAGAGAAACUUCGCAAUGAUCUCACCGCUAUUCUAAACAAAGGAAUAAAAAGCAUUGCUGUUGCUCUUAUGCAUUCCUAUACGUGUGCAGAUCAUGAGCUGAAGGUUGGUGAGAUUGCAACAGAACUGGGUUUCACUCAAGUUUCGUUAUCUUCUAAAGUAAUGUCUAUGGUGAAGCUUGUACCAAGAGGUUUUACAGCUUGUGUUGAUGCUUACUUGACACCGAGCAUUAAGAAAUAUCUGGCUGGAUUUCAAUCUGGUUUUGAUGAGAAUUUGAAAAAUGUUCAACUUUUGUUCAUGAAAUCAGAUGGUGGUUUGACUCCUGUUGAUAAGUUCAAUGGCAGCAGAGCGUUGCUUUCCGGGCCAGCAGGUGGGGUGGUUGGGUAUUCAAUGACAUCAUAUGAAGAUCAACCAGUCAUUGGGUUUGAUAUGGGAGGAACAUCAACAGAUGUUAGCAGAUACAAUGGUCAGUAUGAACAUAUAUUUGAAAGCACUUCUGCAGGUGUUACAAUACAAGCACCACAGCUGGAUAUCAACACAGUUGCAGCAGGUGGAGGAUCCAUGCUGUUUUUCAGAUCUGGUCUCUUUGUUGUGGGUCCCCAGUCAGCUGGGGCACAUCCUGGACCCACUUGCUAUAGAAAGGGAGGUCCUCUCACCGUGACAGACGCUAACUUGUGUUUGGGUAGAUUACAACCUCAGUACUUUCCCAAAAUAUUUGGAAAAUCUGAAAACUUAGGCUUGGAUAUCUCAGCUACGAAAGAAGCUUUUAUAUUACUUACAGAGGAGGUGAAUCAAUUCAUGUCAUCAUCAAACAAGUUACAUGAAGCAUUGUCAGUCGAACAGGUUGCUAUGGGCUUCAUCUGCGUUGCUAAUGAAUCCAUGUGUCGGCCAAUCAGAGCCCUUACUCAGGCGAAAGGCCAUGAUACUUCAGGACACGUGUUGUCUUGUUUUGGUGGUGCAGGUGGUCAGCAUGCAUGUGCCAUUGCUAGAUCACUUGGAAUGUCAAAAGUUUUCAUCCACAAAUAUUCUGGUAUAUUAUCAGCAUAUGGCAUGGCACUUGCUGAUGUGGUACAUGAAACACAAGAAUCUGCUGCAUGUCAAUUUAACAAAGAAAACCUUCCAUGGAUUGAUGGUCGAAUUGAUAGUCUUUCCCAUCAAUGCUGCCAGCAACUAAAAUCUCAGGGAUUUUCAUCACAACAAAUUUGCACUGAGGUGUAUUUGAACCUGCGUUACGAUCGCACUGACUGUGCAUUGAUGUGCUCACCUUCAACCACGAUUGGAAAGAAUGUUUCAAAAUAUGGAGACUUUUUGGAAACUUUCACUAGUCGCUAUCACACUGAGUUUGGUUUCACCAUUCCUGGUCGCACGAUAUUCGUGGAUGACAUCAGGGUACGAGGUGUUGGUAAAUCUGGAAUCUCUGUCACACAGAGUGUCGGCAUGGAUCAUGGAAGAAAAUUGAGAGUGAAAGCACCAAAAUGUGAAACUGUUGUUCAGUGUUACUUUGAAGAUGGAUAUCAAGAUACUUCGGUUUAUUUGUUCGAACAACUCUCUCAUGGUCACCACUUUCAAGGUCCAGCAAUCAUCAUUGAUAAGAACAGCACGAUAUUGGUUGAACCAGAUUGCUCUGCAGAAAUAACUGAAAAUGGAGACAUCACCAUCAAAGUUGGAAGUGGAAAAUUAAAUAAGGUUGGGACAGAACUCGACUCCAUUCAACUUUCUAUAUUUUCACACAGGUUCAUGAGUAUUGCAGAGCAGAUGGGUCGCAUAUUACAAAGAACCGCAAUUUCUACCAAUAUAAAGGAAAGAUUGGAUUUCUCGUGUGCACUGUUUGGGCCCGAUGGUGGUCUGGUGUCAAAUGCUCCUCACAUCCCAGUUCAUCUUGGUGCGAUGCAGGAAGCAGUGCAAUACCAGAUGAAACAUUUGGGUGACAAUAUAAAAGAAGGAGAUUGUAUUCUUUCUAAUCAUCCUUUAGCCGGUGGUAGUCACUUGCCAGAUCUUACAGUUAUUACUCCGGUUUUUGCUCUGGGCCACAAAAAUCCAAUAUUCUUUCUUGCAAAUCGAGGACACCAUGCAGACAUAGGAGGAACAACUCCUGGGUCGAUGCCUCCUCAUUCAACAUCAAUCAAACAGGAAGGAGCGGUGUUUAAAUCAUUUAAACUUGUUCGAGAUGGAAAGUUUCAAGAAAAAGAAGUAACAGAAGCACUGAUGGAACCAGGAAAGGAGGAAGGAUGUAGUGGAACUCGUAAUCUUCAUGACAACCUUGCUGAUUUACGAGCACAAGUUGCAGCCAAUCAAAGGGGAAUUCAUCUAGUUAAUGAACUGAUAGAAGCAUAUGGACUACCUGUUGUGCAAGCAUACAUGGGUCAUAUACAAUCCAAUGCUGAAGUAGCAGUACGUGACCUUUUACGUGUUGUAGCGAGGUCAACUAAGGUCAGUGACCUUGAAUUACCUGAUAUGGUCAGUUUGUCAGCAGAAGAUUUCUUGGAUGAUGGAUCAAAAAUCAAAUUGAGAAUUGAUAUUGACUCAGAGAAGGGAUCGGCAGUGUUUGACUUCUCAGGAACUUCCCCGAUGGUUCUAAACAAUCUUAAUGCACCUAAAGCAAUCACAUUAUCUGCAAUCAUAUAUUGUCUACGUUGUAUGGUUGGUUAUGAUGUGCCAUUAAAUCAGGGAUGUUUGGCUCCUGUUGACAUCCGCAUCCCAAAGUGGAGCAUCCUCGAUCCAGAAGAGCACGCAGCUGUGGUUGGUGGAAAUGUUCUCACCUCACAGAGAAUUGUUGAUGUAAUAAUGAAAGCUUUUAAAACUUGUGCAGCAUCUCAGGGUUGCAUGAACAACAUAACAUUCGGUGAUAAUGAAGUUGGAUAUUAUGAAACAGUUGCUGGUGGUGCUGGGGCAGGUCCCACCUGGCAUGGACGUAGUGGAGUUCAUACUCACAUGACAAACACAAGGAUAACUGAUCCUGAAAUCCUAGAAAGAAGAUAUCCUGUGAUUCUUCAAAAUUUUAAACUUAACCCAGGUACGGGUGGAAGGGGUGAAUAUGUGGGAGGGGAUGGGGUGGUUAGGGAAAUGUUAUUUCGGAAGAAUCUUGUCCUUUCUGUAUUAACAGAGCGUAGAGUAUUUCCACCUUAUGGUUUGGAAGGUGGAGAUCCCGGAAAGGUUGGUUGCAACUUAUUGUAUCGCCAUAAUGGACCAAAAAUAAGUCUUGGUGGGAAAAACUUCGUAGAAGUGAACGCUGGGGAUGUCUUCCGCUUGGAAACACCGGGAGGUGGCGGAUUUGGAUCAGAACCUUCCAACGACGAAAGUCCAAGGAAACGUCGGAAAUUAAAAGAUGAUGUUCAAACUUUUGUUGAACGGGGAAGUGUGUUUGAAUACUCCCAACAGCAAACCGCUCAUUGAGCGUUACCGUUUAAUUUUACGUAUUCACUCCCAAAUGUGUUCAUACUCGUAUAACCAUAGUUUAAUAAACAAGUUUAAUCCUGUAUUAUUAAACUAUGGUAUAACUACGGGGGUAUAUAAGUGAUGUGAUUAGGAAAUAAUUUAUUGAAAUAUUGUAAACAUGCUGUAAAAUAUUCGAAUUAAACAGAAAUUUACAAUCUA